AUUCCACAAAUGAGAAGCAAGGAAAAUUUGUAGCUGCUGAGUGCGAUACAUAAUUUUUACUUUGGGCUGUUGUUGCUGGGAAUUGGGAACCCGGGUGAAUGCUGAGACUACCACAGGAACAUCGGAGCGUCCACACCAGAACUCGGCCCCUAUGAUUGUCCGUGCCGCUGUGUGAGGAGAGGCUAUGUCUGGUGUUAAGACUGGGCUGAAGUCACGCAGAGAGCAACAUGGAGAGCGUCGCUCCUUGCCUCCGCUCAACAUUGCUGCUGCGGCACGUGCUGGUGCGGACAGCAGCAACCUUGCCGGGCGGCAGUCAGGGAGCCACCAUGCUGCAGCCAAGAUUGAUAUGGCCGCACUGACUGAAGAGGCUAAGAGCAUGUCCGAGGCGGAUUUGCUGCGGGAGGUUUUGAACAGCAAGCUGUCGUCGAUGGAGAAGAUUAAAUCAAAGUAUGAGUCGCAGCUGAUGGAACUGUUCUUCUUGCAGAGCUCAGGCAACAUGAUGGAGUUGCUGGCCUGGAAGAAGAAGCCUAACAAGUCGCGUGACGAGUUCAUGAUUCAAAACCGCCUGGAGGACGAGGAAGACCUGCGUUCGGUGAGCAGUACAUCAGUAGACAGUACUGAGGCGAAGGCGACCGGUGGUAUUAUUCAAACACCGGGUGGUACUCUCAAGGCCACUAUAUCACGCAAGGACAUGAGCCGGAUAACCUCUUCCUCAGCCGGCGUGUCACGAGAAAAGUUCUUCCCGACCAGCGCUUCUACUGCAGUGCCAGGUGCGCACGCAGCAGCAGCGGCAGCAACAGUGUCGCCAGCCGCGGGCACUGCGUCCUCCGCUGUCACUCCGGCUGCUGCUGCACCGUCAGCACGCAUGCGCUUCACACCUCUAGCACAGCCUACCCCCUCCGCCCAUGCCAGCGCUUCGAACAGUAUAGCAGCUGCAGGCCAUGUUGCUUCAAUCCUGCCGCACGCGGCACACACGGCCACUAGCUCUGCUGCCAUUGCUGCUAGUGCCGCCAUGGUCGCUACACCGGCUACAGAGGAAGACAUCCAGGAGAGCAGGAUUAUCAAGCGUAUCUCUGAUAUCAACAAUGAGGGAUUGUGGCCGGCUUGCAGACUACCCUUGGUGUAUGAGCCCCGACGGCGCAAGACUGUCUGGGACUAUAUGCUGGAGGAGAUGGAGUUGAUGGCUGUCGACUUCUUUCAAGAGCUGCGCUGGAAAAAGGAAGCUGCGAAGAUGCUGGCACAUUCAGCUGCUCGUCAUGUCCUUCAUCAGGAGGCUGAGCUGCUGCAGCGCACUCGAGCAUCAUGCGAUGAUGCAAGCCGCAACAGCAGCAGCACCAGCAAUGAAGAAGUCGUUGGUAAACUGAAGUGCUUGGCGCGGACGGUUGGUGAUGCAGUCAAGAAGUUUUGGAACGAUGUACAGGAGACUGCUGAUAGCCGUGAAGUAUACCAGCGGCGUAUGGCUAUGGAGGAAGCAUUGGAGGAGUGUCCAGACGACGAUGACGACGAUUGUGGCCUUGCCAAAGAUUUGAUGUGGAGUGCCUCUCCCAGUGACUACCAGCAAGAGACACAGUCUGAUGAUGAUGAUGAGACUACCAUCUGCAAGGCAGAGCAAAUACCGAGCGAAGCAGUGAUUGCGGAGGAAGUGCGUCAGUUGCAUGCCGAGAGUGAGCUCAGCCUGGACGAAGUCAUCCACUCGGUUCCUGAGGAUUACUGGGACAGUUACAAGCGCUAUGGUCUAGAUGCAGACCUUGCGGUGCCUAGUGGCGAUGAAAUCUGGUCACUGCUCGCUUCACAGUCGGACUCCUCUGAUAAUGAGAUGGACGCUGAAGAAGAGGUGUGGGUGGUGGAGGGCAGCUUACCAGCCGCUACACCCGCUCAAUCCCUUCCUCUCACAUCAACCAGUGGUGUUGUCAAGCAAGAAGAUGAUGCUAUGGAUGUGGAUGAGUUUGAUGUGAAGGCUGACAUCAAGGUGUUUGAGAAGGCUCUGGAUCAAGUUGCAGAGCUUGCAAAGCCAGCCACCGACAUCAUUGAGAAGGUUUUACAGGAUGGAAAUGCUAAGCAGGCGUCUUGCAAAGCCUUGCCACUGUUGCGCAGCAUAAAGCUACAUCAUUAUCAGAUGCAGGCCAUCCAGUGCAUGAAUCUUAUGCACAAGGCCUCCUGUCCUAUUGUCCUGGCGGAUGAGAUGAGCCUCGGCUCUCGCCUGCAGAUCAUUGCCUUCUUGUCUAAGCUGGCGAGCGACUGCACCUGGGGACCACAUCUCAUCGUUGUGCCAGCUGCGAGAAUGCCAUCUUGGCAGCGCCUGUUGCACAUGCACUGUCCAGCGUUCAAACUCUCCGUGUACUGUGGUGACGAGGAGGCCAAGAGCCUGAUGCGUGAGAAUUGGAGAGGAUGCAAUACGCUGCACGUGUGCCUGACUUCCUAUAGCAUUGUGACCAGUGAUGCCGCGCUGCGCUGCUGGCAUUGGCAGUGUCUUUAUCUUGAUCAGUUGUCAGAAUCUAUUGGAUCACUGUCAUCGUGUGGGCUGAUGAGUUUGGCCCAUCUUCAGGUGCAGCACCGUAUAGUACGCCUUCGGUCGGACCUGUUUGACAGCCCCAAUGGCGCUGGCACUGGCUGCAGUGAGGGAGUAGUGUCAACGCGCACACUCUCCGCCAUCCCGUACCUCCUCAUGCCAGAAGUCUUCUCUAGCCCGGCGUUUGUCCGAGAGUGUAUCACACACCGGUUGUUAGCUGCAGCACGUACAGCAACGCUAACAGCAUCUACCACAUCCGCCGGCGCCUCUAUACCAUCAGCCACAGCAUCUGUGGCAAGCGGGCAAGUAAAGACAGCCGGGGAAACAACUGCAGAAGCAGAAUCAUCGAAUGCUUCUGCUGCGGCCGCUGUGUCAGCUCCUACUAGUCGGCAGGAGAGAGCCGAGCUGCUAAACGUCAUCUCACCGUUUGCUAUUCAGCGUGGCUUUACAUCGGUAUGGCCAACGGGAUGCCGACCGCAGCACACCACCGUAUCGUGUCCAAUGACGGAUCUGCAGUCACGUCUCUACACCCACGCCUUCAAAACAUGGAGUGAUAGGCCACCACCUAGCAGCCUACGCGACUUGCUACCGGCUGUCUAUGAUUUUGUCAAGAUUUCUAGCCACCCAGACCUGUUGUUAUCAGACUCUGGUCCUGGCGAGGUUGCACAGCCGGUAUGCCUGCAAGCACUGCCAUGCCCUCAGCCAUGCUCUCAACCUUCAUCUGCUCCAAGGCUGAUGCUGAAGCACUCCCCCUCUCACGACUUGCAUACCACACUGGAAUCGUUGGGCAUGCUGUGUACAAGUGCAUACAUGACCAACAUGGACAACUCGCAGGCCGUACGCUCCUAUCAACUACUAGUCAGCCGCUACCUCUCCAGGGACAACAUGCUCAAGCCGUUGGCAUGGCGACGUCGGCAACGUGGCUUGCCCACUUGUGCACGGCCUCUUGUCCACGAGGCCAAUCACCAUGGCAACCACGGCAUCGCUAACAACGUUGAUCUAUCCGCCGAAGUCGCACACGCGUGUGAUCGUCCAACUAACCUGUCUGUAUCGGAGCGCAGGACGUGCCAGCAAACACUGGCCCACGUCAGCCGCCAGCGCUGCCAUCGCUGCCCUGUGUAUGGUGCAGACCUGCGCCGGUGUGUCUCCAAGGCCUUGUGGACGCGUGGUUGGUACUCUAGCGUCGAGGAGGACAACUAUGUCAUGGUGCACUCACCGUUUGCACUCAUUGAUGGGCGUCAGGCCAUAGCAGCACGUGAACACAUGUUUGUCAAUGAGAACAUACUGCGCACUGACACUGACACUGGUCAUGAUGCCGGAGAUCUCCUCAGCUGUGCUCAGCGGUGGCGUGAUGGACAGCACGUCUUGUUACGCAGCUGCGAGGUGUCCACAACGAAAGUGGUAGCACCGAUACAGCAGGCCACAACAACAGCUGGUACAAUACAGGGCUGUGACUGGCUAGAUCUCUCAAGCACAGCUUCAUCGCCUGACAGGGACAGUAUGGAGCAGCGAUUCCAGCUUGCUCUUGCUGAGGAGUUAUCAUCGUCAAUUCGUAAGCCGUCCAGGCACUGUCGAUUUGCCGGUAAACUACUCAAGCUCAGAGAGAUCCUGGAGCAAGCAGUCAAGGAGCAGAAACGGGUCCUGGUGUUUCUUCACUUCCCUGAGAUGCUGGAUAUCUUGAGCAGAUAUCUGCGCCUGCUUGGCUUUGGUGUGCUGGUGGUGCAUCAGUCAACACCACUCUCCAAGCAAGAGAUUGCUGUGGAGAUGUUCAACAGCAGUACUAAUCAUCGAGAAUGUCUACUGGUGGACACGCGUGCUGCGUGCACUCUACCACUGCCGUCGGCUGCCAGUAUUGUCAUUCAGUACAAUGCUGAGUGGAACUUGACACGACUGCAUCACAUGCGACUCUUGAUGCAACGCUUAGCGGCUCACCAUGAUGUGGCAUCGUAUACACUUGUUGGAGAGAAUAGCGUUGAGGAGACUCUGCUACGGCAGUCUGACCAGCGGUGGGUCAUCGAUGGCCUGAAGAAGUGUUGGGACCAACAAGAGGCACAGGACACAUCAUCCUUGCUUGACAUCAUGCACGGAAGUCUAACAAGUGGUAUGUCAUCCAGCGCCACAAACUCUUCACUUUGGCUAACUCCAGCACCAGCCACGGAUCAACUGCUCAGUUCGAAGAAGGAGCACUUGCCGGAAAAGCACCGUGCUCUUAUUGAGGAAGUCCAAGAGACCAUGGAUGAGUUGGAGUCACGGUCGUCGUUUGAUUCCUCAUCUCGUGCUUCCAUCUCUCAGUGGGUGUCGUAUUGUCAUGGCAGCCUGCGUCGUGACUCAACACCGGUCCUGUUUGCACCUAGUGCUGCUGUACCUCACAGGCGUAUCCGUCCUUCAGCAACAACCACAGGUGCAAGAGCUGAUGUGCCUCCUCUCACGCUACGACCAGCUCAGUCUGUUGAGGAGUAUGCGAAUCGGGUAAUCCGUACCUCUGGACAAGUUUCUGCCAAUGCUCUAGUAUCGUCGAGUGGUGUAGAGUGGGAGAAGCGACACCAUGAAGCCAAGUCUCGCAAGAGAAGGAAUGGCGAGCGAUCUACCUACCCGCUGACCUAUCCAAGAGAAGGAGAUUUGGCGUUCUUGGAUAAGAAUGCCCAACCGAUGCCUGUGGUAUGUUUUGGUGAGCCUACUACCUGUGAUGAGCCUGAUCAUGUGUAUCCGGCCAGCAACUGGCCAUACUUCCAGGUACCCAUGCCCGAAGUACAGAUGCCAAGACGCGGUGAGCUUGAACCACUUGCAAAGCGUCGUCGACCUAGUAUCAGUACUAAGCUUCGCCUUGGGGUCACCAACACAACACGCACUGCUCCGCCAACGUCAAUGUUCCAUCGCAAGGCACUGGACAGCUUCAAUGCCCGUCGCAAAGACACCAAGCGUAAGACAAAGACCAAGACAAAGGGAACGUUCUCCGUCAUCCGCGGUGGAACGUCGGUUGGAGUUGAGUAUGCGGACACUGGACCAGGAGAAUGGACACCUCUCGACGACUGGGUCAUGAUGGAUGCUGCCAUUAAUCUCCAGAAGAUGUCCUCCCAAGCUGCCAGUGCUAUGCCUGGCCAUCAGCCUAACUGGUAUUUCAUGGCAUCAGCUGUGAACCGGGUCAGCAGAUUGACGCGCAAGAAGGAUCAGUGUCUGACCAGAUUUUUCCACUGUAUUCAACCGAGAGAAGAGGCCAAAGAAGCUGAGGAUGUUGCUGGGGCAACUGCUGAUGGCCAGAAAAAGCCCAAGAACAAAAUUCGACAGCGGUUAGCUGCUAUGAAGGCCGGAGGUGAGGGUGAUAAUGCAGUUGCUACAAGCUGUCUUGCCAUUCAAGACCACCACAUGGCAAUGUCAAGACGGCAAAUUGGCGUGUUCAAAUCGCUUACCGAUGUCUUGGUGCACCGACAGCCAACGGUCAAACCUCUACUGGUAGAUCCGUUUGCAAAAAACAGCAAGCACAUGCAAGUUCUUCAAGACAACAAUAUUGAUUUUGAGAAGCCGUCCACACCAUCGCUGUUUGCAAAUCAGCUGGACAAGCAAAAGCAAGCCAAUGACAAGAUUGCAGCUAGCACCAGGGCCUUGCAGCAAGGACAAGCUGGAAAUAUGAAUCAUGCGCAAUCAUUACAGCGCCGCUUCCACCACCAACAGCAGCAGCAGCAGCAACAGCAACAGCAGCUUCAAGCUCAGCAGAAUGCAGUAGCGGCAGCAGCAGCAGCCGCAACUGGUGCCACUGCUGGUGCCGUUGGUCAAGGUCAGCAGCUGCAGGGCCCACAACAGCUUACAGCAGCACAGGUGCCUGGUAGCUUGACGCUGUCAAAUGUCAGUGGUGCAGCUAAGGGAGUUACACCUUCUGGUCUAAGCACACUGGUAAGCCCCGCCCUGUCAGCUGGCAGUAUUGCUCAGAUUCGUCUGCCAGGCAAUGUAGUGUCUUUGCCCAGCUCCACCGCAGCUAGCGUUUCCGGAGCUGCAUCAGCUGCUGUAGCAGCCCUGUCCAAUGCCAUUGUCACGCAAAGCAGUAUGCAGCAGCAGCAGCAGCAGCAGCAGCAACAUCAGCAACAACAGCACCAGUCAGCCAAUAACAGCAUGUCCGUACAGAACGUAGCGCUUGCCAACGCACAGCAAGCAGCUGCCGCCAGUUCGCAACUCUCACAGAUGCAUGCUGCUGUGGCUGCUGCAGCUGGCCAGCCUGGUAACGUGGCAGCAGCAGCUGCUGUAGCCGCCGGCCUAGUCAAUCCCCAAGCACUGGCUAGAGCUAAUCUUGCCGGUCUGGACAUCGAUCCGAAAACCAGGAAAGUGUACGAAGCACGUCGACUGGCGGCUAUGCAGCAAGCGCAGUUGCAAGCGGCUGCUCAACAGCAGGGUCAAGCUGCUUCUCUGGUUGGCACGAAACCCACCAUUGGCACCCUGGCACGUCUCAGCUCUCCCUCCGGUGUCGUAUCUCCAUCAUCAUCUGUUUCCUCUGUAUCAACUAUGCCUAACGUCAAACCAGCAGCAGCAGCUGGUUCUGCUACUGCUGGCAGUAUGGCUGCUAAUGUGAAUCUUCAACGCACGGCGGCCGCUGUUGCUGCAGCUGGUGGCAGUGGCGCUGCAGGUAGUAGUGGUGCUGCAACAGCUACGGCCGGUGCUGGCAACGCUGCUGCUGCUUCUGCUAGCUCUGCUUCCACAGCAUCGUCCAGUCAAGGCGGCAGCAAUGUUGCCAUUGGUGCUGCUGCUACGCCUGUAGCUCAGUCUGCACAGCAAGCUGCUGUCUCGGCAACACAGCUAGCGGCUGCCGCUAAUUUGCAGCUGCAAUCCCAGCAACAGCGUGCUAUGUUGCCCAAUGGUGGCAUGCGCCAGCAACUGACAGCACAGCAGCAACAGCAGCUCUUGCGCAACGCAGCCGCAACUGGUAGUCUUUCCAAUCUAACACCGCAGCAGAUAGCUGCUAUGCGCCACUACCAUAUCCAGCAACAGCAGCAGAUUGCCCGACAACGCGCCCAAGAGGCUGCAGCCGUUGCUUCCAAUGCUGCAAGUGGCAAUUUAGCCGGUGCUGCUGCUGCUGCUGCUCAAGGUCUACCCGGAGCUCUGCCUGGUGCAGCUGGCCUGGUUGAUGUGACUGGUCGUGCCACUGGUUCGAUGACACGUGGGACUACCCCUGUUGGUCCAGCAACGGCUGCUGUUAAUGCUGCUGUAGCAGCUGGAAAUCCACCAUCUCAACAGCAGCGGCUUCUGGCACAACGUGAGAUGUAUCUCAUUAAGCAAGCCCAUCAAGCCCAGCAAGCCCAGCAUUUGCAACAACGACAACAGCUCCUGCAGCAGCAGCAACAGCAGCAGCAACAACAGCAGCAACAACAACAGCAGAGUCAGGUGCAGGCUGCAGUAGCUGCGAAUCAGCAACCCGUUCCUGUCAAUCAGCAGCAGGUUGUAGCUGCUGCAGCCGCUGCCGGCCUUGCAUCUCAUCAUCCUGGUCAGUCAUCCUCACCACAACAGCAGCAGGCAGUAGCUGCUGCAUUGGCAGUUCAGCAACAGCAGCAGCAGCAAGCACAGUUGCUUAGCAUGCGUGGCCCGUCCGCGGCAACAGGACAGCAGCAGCAACAGCAGCAGCAGCAGGUUUCACAUGUACCACGUGCAGGUACACCAGGAAGUGUAGCUGCUGGCCCUGUAUCACCGCAUCCGUCGCUUCAAAGUCACCUUGUACCGAGUCCUACCCUAAACCAGUUAGCCAGCCCGAUGGAUGCUGGCAGUAUUGCUGUAGCUGCAGGAGCAAGUCAAUCACCACCGCUCAAACCAUCUUCAAUGUUAUCAUUACGCAGUUCUAGCCCAGCUGGCAGUCACACAAGCUCAACGACACCACUGAACGCCGUCACUAGUCCACUAGCUACCACUGCAGCUGCUGCUGUUAGCUCUUCUGCUUCCGCCACCGCCGCUGCAAGUACAGUGCCAGCACAUGCUGAAGGUGAUGUAUCGUCCAGCGUCGCUUCGCCUACUGUGUCCUCGCCGGCGUCCAAUGCUGCAGCUGGUGCAGUCUCUGCCGGUACUACAUCUCCAUCUGGUGGCCACUACCGACUCCGACACCCAUCAAAGUCCUAGUGUGUUGAUGAUUGCAAACAGCCUGCUUGCUUUCAGUGUAUUUAUUACUGGCCUUGAAAAAAAUACACCAGACUCGGGAGUACAUGCAUGGUAGUAGUACUGGAAGUAUGCCUUGUGACUGGACGUUGGUGCUUGCAAACAACUUGACCGCCUUCAGUGUAGUGAUAUGACUGUGCCUUGAAGAACACCCGGCUCUGCUAGCGUUGCAACUACACAUCAUGAUUUGCCGAUGUCUUGUAGAAGGAAGCAUGUGCACGUCAGAACACACCCUGUCCCCUGCCCGUCUGAAGCGAGCAAAACACACUGAAAUCAGACUCUCCCAUCGACCGAUUGUUUUCAUUGUGCGGCUGCAUACGUUGCUGCUGCAGGCUCGGUUGCUCUCUCUCUCUCUCUCUCUCUCUCUCUUUCUCUCUAAUGAUAUUGGCGCGUGCUGUGGUAGUAACCAUUGUAUUCAUGUUCAUCUCUGCCCUUUGUCCUGUAGGUUUGCCCACUGUAUGUAUGGUAUAUGGCAUGGCUGUGCUGUCAACAUUUUCUGUAUACCUGUUGCUCUCUUUCUCUCUCACACACACACAGCAGGACCAGCAGCAGCGAGCUUUGUUCAGAAUUCUGAGAAUGUUAUGGUCUUGCUGGGUGUGUUGUCUAGUCAGCUGUGCAGAUGUGCAGAUGUGCUGCCUUGUACUUGUAUUUUAUUGUGGUGGGAGCUCAUCACUAACCGUUACCGUGACUUUUCUUUUCUUUCCUCCUGUAUUCAGUUGAAUGCCAGACAAUGUCCCCAAAAAAUGUCUGAUUGUUACGAGCAUUUUUCCUCUCCUUUAUGAUCAUCUUGGCGGUCAUUGGCGGCACCCGGACAAGAAAGCUAUGCUUGGUUAUGCUGAUGCCAUUGUGCUAAAGUGCUUCUGUAUGUGUAUGUGAGUACAUGUAUUGGCAAGAUCAUGUGGUCAUCAUGCACUUUCUGGUUUUCACUCUAGUCUGUACAGCUGUAUAAAUGUAAUUUUUUUUAUUAUUAACGGCUAAGCAACGGAGAAGAUUGAUCCAUUUUUAUCUUCGGUGUCUUGUUUCACUGGAUUUUGCUCUUCUUCAUCUCCUUCAGCGCAUUGUGAUGAAGGACAAGAGUUCUUUCAUGAAUUUGUGGGUAUUUAAUCAUGAAAGUACCAUGAUUUUAA